AUGGCGGACAAAAACUUGAAUGAACGAAUGGCAGUUGUCGGAACUGAACUUGAUACCGGCAAUGAGACGCAAGGAUUGGGAGACAAUAUAAAUAUUUACAGCUCUACGUCCACAGAUAUGAGUCGUGGGCUGUCUUCCAAUGUGAAUAUCUCUGAUGACGGUGAGCUACGCGAUCGAACAAUAUGUUCCUUCUCUGCACUGUGUGGCACGGCAUGUGGACCAGACCCUCUCAUUAACAUAACACAAGGGAACAACGAUAAAUUUGAAAUCGUUCCUUUGAAGACUUGCAACAGGGACGUGUACUCUCAUUUACGCAAGUUGCAUUCUGGGGGAGUCACUUCAGAAGUGGAGUUAAUUCUAGCUCGUAUAGGUUUAUUUGGUAGAAAUCACAGUGAAUUAGAACGUAUGUCAAUAUGUCCACUACAUCGUGCAAAGCUUGGGGUUGGCUGGCGACCAAGAUCAACCUAUUGCUGUGUACCACUGGAACUGUCAGGUCACAAGUCGUCUACAAUGAAAGGUGAAAAUGACAGAAGCAUAACUAGAAACCAGUCAAUGAAGAUACUGGAAGAGACUGAUAUGAUUAUUCCUCUUGGAUCCUCUAUUUGUAAAGGUUGCCGGAAUAAGCUUUCUCUCCAAGCCUCCUUGGAGAAGUUAACGGCUACAGCCGAGGAGGAAAAACAUUCAACUCAAAGGUUACUACGAAGUCUGCAGUUCAAGAAUCCAGGACCUUUGUCCUACUCAUUUGCGUCAUUUGACCCGGAAACUAGUGAACGAGAAAUGAGGAAAUUACGACGAGUCAUGCAUAGUGAAAAUCCAUCCAGACAAAAACCAAAAAAAAGUACACUAUAUGAUGAAGCUGGUUUACUGAUAGAAGAUGGCAGAGACCUUUGUGAUUGUUUGGAUGAUCUUUGUCCUGGUUGUCACUAUCCAUGUCCCAAGUGUGGAUCUGAGAAAUGUGGAGGAGAAUGCAGAUGUAAUCGGCGAUGGAUAUAUGAACAGAUUGAAGUUGAAGGUUCCGGAGAGAUCAUCAAAUUUAACUAUAAUCCUAAAAUGACAUAAUACUGUGUCACACUACAUAUCGAAAUAUGAUACUAUGUAUUAAGACUCAUUAAUAUGUAGCAAGAUUUGGUGUUACUUCUGUUAAUGUGUAUCAAAACUUUAUACUAUUUAUUU